AUGGUGGCCGAGUUGGAGUCUAUCACAAGAAACAAAACAUGGGAACUUGUAGAUAGACCGACUGGUUCUGAGAAGAAAAGAGAAGAGGAUCGAGUUUGUGUGCUACACAAGAGGUUGCAUGUGUUACGCCAGACACCCAGGGCAUGGAAUGUGAAACUCGAUCAGGUUCUCAAGGAGAUGAGAUUUGAGAAGUGCAUGAAGGAACCAUCAGUGUACUGCAAGACUGAAGGAGGGGACCUCUUGAUCAUUGCCAUCUACGUUGAUGAUCUAUUUGUGACAGGAACUUCACUUAAGGUGAUUAGGCAAUUCAAGGAGGAGAUGUCUAAGAAGUUCGAGAUGUCAGAUCUAGGUAAGCUAACGUACUACCUUGGCAUAGAGGUGAUUCAAGGAGCAGAUGGAAUCAGAAUAAAACAAGAGAGAUAUGCUCAAGGAAUCCUGCGUGACACAAAGAUGGAAGCGUGUAACGCAACUCAAAUUCCAAUGGAGGAGAAUUUGAAGAUCUCAAAAGCUGAAGAUGAGCGAGAGAUAGAUACUACCGAGUUCAGAAGAAUCGGAUGUUUGAGGUAUCUGCUUCACACAAGACCCGACCUGUGUUACGCAGUAGGUGUUCUUAGCAGAUACAUGCACAAUCCGAGAGACUCUCACGGACAAGCCAUCAAACACAUAUUGCGAUAUGUGAAAGAAACAACAAACUACGGUAUGUUCUUCAAGAAAAAUGGGUCAAAGAGUGUCGUUGGUUAUAGUGACAGCAGUCACAACAUUGAUCUCGAUGACGGGAGGAGCACGUCAGGACAUGCAUUCUACUACGGUUCAUCACUGAUUACUUGGACGUCACAGAAGCAGCAGACGGUUGCAUUGUCAUCAUGCGAAGCAGAAAUCAUGGCAUCAACAGAAGCAGCGAAGCAAGCUAUAUGGAUCAAGGAAUUGUUGAGUGAGAUACUAAGCAAAGAAGGCGAGAGAGUCAAGCUUAGGAUCGACAACAAAUCAGCCAUUGCUCUAACCAAGAAUCCAGUUUUCCAUGGAAGGAGUAAGCAUGUACUCAAGAAGUAUCACUUCAUUCGUGAGUGUGUGGAGAACGGGCAUAUCGAAGUGGAGCAUGUGCCGGGUGUUGAGCAGAAGGCUGACAUCCUUACCAAGCCAUUAGGAAGGAUUAUAAAGAAGAGACGCGGCGGUGAUGGUUGCGUUGUGGGUGGCCGCGCGGUUCAAGAGACGCCAUGA